CCGACUCAUGAGAGUUUUGCCGAUGUCGAUCGUAAUCCACUCACCGACUCCAUGCACGUGAACUACGAUGCGCUAAACGGGAACUGUCCGGAAUACGAUGAGGUGAUGGCGUUACUGGAUGAGACGACUCCAUUAACACGAGAGCACCACGUCUCCGACAGCAGCUUCAACACGAGAUGGCGUGAAAUUGGUGGCGGUGGUGCUCAUCUGGAGAAAGGCCGACGUCGUCGGACACGCGACGAUGACGAUCACGCCAAACAUUCAUGUGACGCAUCGUCAGAAGAGUCGUCAGAUUGGGAGUAUCGCAACGAACGACUUAUGCACCGAUCGUUCAACGACUUCAAUGGUGGCGGCAGUGUCACCAACUCACUACCGGGCACUCGGAUCGAUCCGAAGACGUCGAAUUUUUUGCUCGACUCGUCACCGCUUGACGCAUCAUUCUGUUCGACGAGGUCCGAGCUCACCCGAGAUCAGUGUCGAACGAGGAAACGUCUUCGAGUGCGACGAUUGCCGAGAAGUAUGAGUGACGGAGAACAGCUUAUUGUGAAAUCCGGUAGUGCUCUGCUGACGCCACAGAUACGUCGCUCACCGCCCGCGACGCCGCUGGCUCGAUCUACACGGCUACUUCAAAAGCUCGACCGUGACUUAGUGGCGAAUCUGGAGAGCGACACCGCACCGGAGCACUCUGACACUCAAGUUUACGAGUGGGACGAAUAUAAUGUUGGUGACAAUGUCGUAUCUAGUGAAGUUACAGCACUUUUCGUGAAGAUCAUGAGUUUCGGUUGUAAGAAAUCAGAUUUUUAA